UUUAUCUUACAUAUUUAUGCAGAGUCAGGAAGCCACAACCACUAUGAGACCGGAUUCUAUAUGUCAUCCUUUGCCGCAACUGUCUUCAUAGCUGGUCUCAUAACUAUAGGAAUCUUAUUGAUCACUUCGUUAGUUACACUGAUUGUGAUGCUACAAUCAUGUCAAAGUCAAAGUUCUGGUAUACUCGAGAGCCAGAAGUCAUAUUAUAACGAGGAUUAUUGCAAGUAUUAUGCUCUUUACUAUACCAGUGAAGGUCAAUUUGUGAGAGACUUGAACUUCAGCAUUUCAAUGGCUGAGAAAUACUUCAGCAGUAUUAUUAGGCCUUACAAUCAUGAUUUCAAUGUCGUCUUAAUGGACAUAGAUGACAUCCUCCCUUCGAGUGUUCAUUACAGCAAACUCUUGAAGAAUAGUUGUAGAGAUUGUAAUGAAGAAGAGAUCAAUUUAAGGUGUAUGCUUAUGCUAAGGUUAUAUAAUAGAAUUCAGGAAAGUGGAUGGACUCUGAUGUUGAUAACAAGAACGGCACAGAAACAACAGAAUGCCAUCACUAAGUAUCUUGUCUCAGCAGGGUAUAUAGAAUGGGCAUCAUUGAUAAUGAGAUCAACUGAUGAAAUGAUGCUGAGUAGCCUAGAAUACUUCUCAAGAAGAAUAGCAGCAAUAGACAGACAAGGAUAUCACGUUGCUGGUGUGAUCACCAGCAGUUUGGAUAUCUUAGCAGGGUUUUCCAUAGGAAAGCCUAUUUUCAAACUUCCAAAAAUGAAAUUUCAGAAUAAAGAGUGUUCGAAACAACAGUUGAAGCUACCAGCUAAUAAUUCAUAA